ACUGCUUAUAUAAAGUGCUAAAAUCUGCGAUAGGUUUUCAGUAACACUGUCCCUCAACUCCUGAAGACCGUUUCUAGAAAAUGGCCUCCACAUACAUCCUUGCUAUAAUGGCGAUCUGCUCUGUGCAGUUUGCCCAAUCGGCUAACAUCGAGAAGCGAGGUCUCCUUGACGGCAUUCCCCUCGUUGGACCUCUUCUCCAGCAAGCAGUAGAUCAAGUGGCGAGUGCUACAAGCAGUUUUAUUAGCGACACGUUAUCGACUCUUGGGGGUGGGGUCACUCAGGCACAAACCAUAGCCCAAAAUCACAGUGACCAAGCUACUGAAGUCAAUAAUGCAGCGAAGGGACCUCUGGAGAGCUUACUAAAAGCAGUUACUGAUGAGAUUCAUUCAGUAGUGGACAAUUCACUACAAUACGGUUGGAAUAGCACGCUUUGUGUGGCAGGACAGACGGGAAAUGCUGAAAGCAUCGUCAAACGAGCAGCAACGAACAUUUUCGACUGCACCCAAACUGAGAUCCAGUACACUAUAGAGCUUCUAGGUGACAUCACAAACCUCAACAACCAGGGCAUAGCACUGGCGCGCUCUACUCCCAGUCAGUUCGCUUCUUGUAUCUCAUGGGAUAUAAUCGGUAUCUUGAGCUGCGUACAGAACAUUAGCUCAACUGCAAUAUCUAGAUUUCUGCUACUACUGUCCUCUCAACUAAGCGAUAUUUAUGCGCUAACAGUCCAGGGCAUCUACCUGCCAGAGCAUCUGACGAGAUGUGGCGCUGACCAAAUUUUCAAAGCAACAGCAGAUGUUGGAGGUAUCAUUACAAACGUCGGAGAGUGUAUAAAACAAGUCGCAAGCAAUUCUUAGAUGUGGAGGAGGAAGUUCUGAAGGUUAUGACACUGUUUAAUGAUGUAUUUUGAAGCUGCUGAAUGUUACGCUGUUCGUAGGGUUAGCUGUGGAAUGCCACCGCUUGAAAAUAUAAAUAAAUUAUGUUAUUUGUUGGAAAAGUAUAGUAUUAAUAUAAGGAUGUUUUGUGACUAUUUUCAGAUAUUUAUUUACAAUUUCUUUUAAUUAUGUAAAGGUAUUUUAUAUAAUCCUAUACGAAAUAAAAUAGUGUAAGUGGUUUAAUACAUUUUAUGUACUGCAUUUUUUAAUCAGAAAAUUUAAACUACUUUUUGUGCACGAUAGGUGGAAUAAUAGAAAGGGUUAAACUUUCAGAUUAUUAAAUUAUAUUUGCCAAGCCACAAAAUUGUUUGGCUCUUGCCACAUUAUUUCAUUCUGACAUUUCAGUAGUAUGGCUGCCUCAGUUAGAAAUAUAUUUGUAUUCACUUUUGCUAUAGGAAUAAAAUGCACAAUGGAGGCGAUAGACAUGAAGACGAACAGCGAUAGGAAGAAGGAUGAUAAAUAAUAUUAUGAUGAUAAUGUGAUAAACAACACUAAUAAAUACAUUCAUAUAUU